AUGUACUUAAACUGGUUAAUUUCCCCACAAAAUAGAGCACGAAAAGCAGAUAAAUUCCCUAAAAUACCCCACGCGCUCUCACUCACCCUCAUUCCACGCUGUAAUCCGAUCUUUUCUCUUCUCUUACCGUCGCUUGUUUUUCUCAUGGAGAACCAGAGCGAUAUCUCCGGCCGGCGCCGCCACGAGAAGCCUUCGCCAUCGCCGUCUCGCCGGAGCUUGAAGAGGAAGCUCGAUGAGGAUCCCGACGGCGAUCGGCCGCAUCGGGAUCCAGCGCUCGAGGUGCGCGCUCAAGUCGAGAUCCUCGAUUCUGCUCUCUCGCCGUCAUACAAGGAUCGGUUGGCCGUGAAAAAGGCUAUCGACGUUCUUUCCUGCUUCGCGAGGAACGAAGAGAUGGUGGAUAUGAUUGUGGGUUGCGCGGCCGUUCCUGCGCUGGUCAGACAUCUGCAGGCUCCAAGGCCGGUGGAGGAGGGUGACUCUGGCCGAGUAGCUUACGAGCACGAAGUUGAGAAAGCAAGCGCGUUCACACUUGGGCUUCUUGCCAUUAAACCCGAGCAUCAACAUCACAUUGUUGAUGCAGGUGCUCUACCCUUUCUGGUGGAUCUUUUGAAGAGAUAUAGGGGUGUUUCAGAAUCUUGGGCAGUAUUGCGCCAUUUAUUAUACUUGAUGCGUAUUGGAGAGAAAGUUGUUAAGAGCCGAGUAGCUUUGACUCUAGCGCACCUUUGUUCUUCAGAUGACCAUAAGAUUAUCUUCAUUGAUAACAAUGGACUGGAUUUGCUUUUGGAGCUCCUUGUGUCAACUAACUUAAAGCAUCAAAGAGAUUGUUCUAUGGCUUUAUGCAGAUUAGCUGAUAAAGCCAACUCACUUUCUCUAAUGGAUGUGGCUCCUCCUUCCCCAAUCCCUCAGGUAUAUUUGGGGGAGCAGUUUGUGAAUAAUCCCACAUUGUCCGAUGUGACAUUUUUGGUUGAAGGAAAACGGUUCUAUGCGCACCGAAUUUGUCUGCUAGCUUCUUGUGAUGCAUUUAGAGCUAUGUUUGAUGGUGGUUACAGGGAAAGAGAUGCCAAGGACAUUGAAAUACCUAAUAUCAGAUGGGAUAUUUUUGAGUUGAUGAUGAGAUACAUAUACACAGGAUCCGUUGUUGUCAACUUAGAUAUUGUCCAGGAUCUUCUGAUGGCCGCUGAUCAGUAUUUGUUAGAAGGUUUAAAGCGUCUAUGCGAGUAUGCCAUUGCACAGAAUAUAUCCGUGGAGAACGUGUCUCUAAUGUUCGAGUUGUCGGAGGCAUAUAAUGCUUUGUCCUUGAGGCAUGCAUGUAUCUUGUUUAUUCUACAAAAGUUUGACAGUUUAUGCAAUUUGCCCUGGUAUCCACAGCUGAUCCAGCGAGUUCUGCCCGAAAUUCGAAACUAUUUUGUUCGAUUGCUCACGAGGUUCUACAACAAUGCAUAUUAUGCAAGAGUUGGAGGUGUGAGCACUUCAGAAAUGAACAAGCUGGAAAAGAAGUUUUUGUUUUCGCUCGAUUUUCGACUUUAUGUCAGCGUGAGCACUUUUGGCAAAUAUUGCUCUGUAUUCAAAAGAGAAGGCUCGGGUGGUCUAAUCGAGCGCCCAAUCAAGUUGUGUGGAGUGGAAGAGAGUUGGACGAAUAAAGACGACCCGGCUCAUGCUCAGUCGACAGCUGGAUAG